AUGGUUGAGCAUCCAAUCUACGCAUUCGAUCGGCUGAUCAAACGACAGCGAUUCCUGCUAAAGCUGAUCGGUAUCGAUAGCUAUGAUCGGCAGUUCUGUUUCAACAAGCUAACCGUCAUGGUGAUCUGUCUUGCGUCGUUGUUUUUCGUGAUCUCGCUAUACGAUUUGUACCUGUUUCGGAACGAUGUGUUCAACUUUGUUUACGUGCUGAUAACGAUCUUCUUCGCGACAAUCGGGAUCGCCCGUAUUGCGGUGUUCCUGUGUUACAGCAAUGUUCUAGCGGUUACGCUUGCCCAAACCUACCACACGUACCGACUGGUGACGGAGGAAGGCGAGCGUGAAAUGAGCAUACUCGCCUGGUACACCAAACUGUUACAGCGUGCGGUAGAUGCGUACACGAUCAUGUUUAUUGGGACGUCCAUCGCUGCCGGUAUACUACCGCUCGGUAUCUAUCUGUUGAACGGGGAGCGCGUACUACCGUACGGUGUGGUACUUCCGUUUGUGGACCACGCCUCGCAAAAGGGAUACGAACUGAACUACCUGUAUCAGGUGAGCUGCAUUAUCUGGACACCGCCCGGGCUGGUCGCGUCGGAGUGCAUGAUUUUUGCGCUGGUACUGAACAUCUGCAUACAGUACGACAUACUGGCGGUGCAGCUACUCGAUCUCGACGCGCUAAUCCGCUCGCACGAUCUUACGCGAGAGGCGCUGAUCUCGAAAAAGUUGCGCGCCAUCCUGCAUGGCCAGCAGCGAUUGAUUAGGUACAUUUCCAAUAUCGAAGAUUCGCACACGGUCAUGAACGGUGUGGAGGUACUCUCUCUUGGAAUGCAGAUUGUCAUCACGCUCUUUGUAAUGCAGUUUUCUCUCUGGAUCCCUGGUCUGGUAGUUAUACCGGCAUUCUCACUGCAGCUGUUUCUCUUUUGCCUGCUCGGCACCAUCAUCGAAGAUAAGGGUGUAAAGUUUUCCGACGGCGUGUACAGCCUGACCUGGAACGAGCUAUCAAGGGAGAACAAGCAAAUCUUUCGCCUACUACUCUUGAGCUCUCAGCAACCUAAGACGCUCACCUGCGCCCGUAUGACAUGCAUUAGCCUAAACCUGUUCGUGAAUAUGUCUCAAAAGUUUUACUCAAUCUUCAUGAUGUUACGCAACAUGUAA